AUGUUGAACUUUUAUUCAGUCUCUCCACUCUUCUCACUUCAUCAUAGAGGGGGAAACCCAUCUCCACCUCCUCCUCCUCCUCCUCCUCCUCUACAUCUCCAGAUCAAAGCUCUAAGUCUGCAACAAUGGGGAGAGCUGUAGGUGCUCUCAUUUGUCUUCUGAUCGUUGUUAUGGACAUUGCAGCAGGAAUACUAGGCAUCCAAGCUGAAUCCGCACAGGACAAGGUGAAGGAUUUAAGGUUUUUGAUUUUUGAGUGUAAAGAACCAAGUCAUGAGGCGUUCUUGCUAGGAUUGGCUGCAGCAGCAAUUCUGGCUCUGGCGCAUGUAAUUGCAAACUUGCUGGGUGGUUGCAUCUGUGUGUUUUCCAAAGACGAGUUGGAGAGAUCUUCUGCCAACAGGCAAUUAGCCGUGGCUUGUCUCUUUGUCUCAUGGAUAAUGGUAGUCGUUGGAUGCGGGAUGCUGAUCAUAGGGGCAUUAGCAAACAAUAAAUCGAGGGGUUCUUGUGGGUUUUCACAUCAUCAUUUUCUCUCCAUCGGAGGUAUAGUGUGUUUCGUUCAUGGACUAUUUUGUGUCGCUUAUUACGUUUCUGCCAACGCCACCACGGGAGAAGAAGACAAGUGGAACCGCAGAAGCAGAGGUGGUGCUUAGAUGAGAUCUUUAUAAUUUGAAUGUAAAAUAGUAAACUUGACUUUGGAAAAAAAAAAAAAA